AUGGCGGCAGGCGCGGCUGCGGGCGCGGUCGACUCGCUCGGCUACACCGCCGAGACGAUCUCGGGUGCGUUUGACGACACCGGCGAUAUUGCGGAAGACGGGAAGGCGGCGGGUUCGGAUCGCGACCGGUCCCCGAGGGUGAUCGAGGACGAGGGCGGCGAGGACGAGGGCGGAGUGGGCGAGGGCGGGGCGGGCGAGGGCGGGGCGGGCGAGGGCGGAGCGGAUGACUGCGGCGAGGAGGAGGACGAGGACGCGGACGAGGACGAGGACGAGGACGAGAGGCAAACCAAGGCCAUGCUUCUCGGUAUUGGCUACAGCCCGGCUCAAAUCAAGGAGGCGACGAUCGCUGCGCACGGGGACGUUCAAGGCGCCGCAGAACGGCUCUUGGACGCCAAUGCUGGCAUGGACAAAGACGGGGCUGCCGCCCUUUCGCCAAGCCACGCGGCGCAAGCCGGCCCGCCGUUGCGUGCCAGGCGAGCCGGGCAGAGGCAUGGCCAGCUGCACUCCCGCUCGCAUCAGGCGGUGCACAGUGACCGGCAAUCGCCGCCCGGUCAGCGCCCAGGCGGCAUCGCCAGUCGAUUGGUCGCGUUAGAAGGGCGUGUCGGGCUUACUGGCUCGGUCGGUCCCCCACUUCCUCGCAUCAUUGAGCUCGAGCUGCUGGCGGGCUUAUUCCGACCGAGCGUGCAAUGCUUCGCCGUCCGGCUCGACGCCCUCGAGCAGUGGGUGGAAGAGAAUGGAUUGUAG